AUGAGCGCUUUAUCUAUCUUGACUCCCUCUGAUGCCUCUGAUCUCGAGAACAAGGGUCUCCUGGGUCCUCGUACUGGGAGGGGCACUCGGCUGAUCCAUAACCGGCGUCUCAAUGCCCAGGCUGACAAUGAAUAUCAGCACAUCUCGCUCGAUACACCCCUCACUUCUUUGAAUGCCUUUACUGAAUUCCCCGAGUUUCUAAUCUCGUAUGCUACUUUGAUCCACGUUGGUUUCACUGAUCGGAGAGCCACGAACAUCUGGGAGAAGUGGACAAAUUGGCCCUCCACAGGUCCCAGCCGUGAGAUUGACCCUCCGCGAGGUAAUCCUCAGGUGACUUUCUUUGACUUCAUCAUCGGUCGUUUCUCUGGGUUACCGGACACGUGGACUGACAAUGACCCGAACUGGCUCACUCUUUUGAGUGGCUACGGUCUGAAUCACGAGACACAGCUCGCGAUUAUGGAUCCGAUGUUCAAGUACACUCGCCUCACGAUGUCAUGCCUCGACUGGGCCAAAGAUACAAUCAGAAUGCGAUUUGAAGCUCUCCGCGAUAUGCAAAGAGCCUCCAGAUUGAGAGAUUCUGGCUUAAUCAACCUGGUCUCUCUCACAGGUCCCGCCAGCUUCGGCAUUCAGACUCGCAACGCUCACACCCGCGCUGAGUCUUCUCAGACAGGACAAGGCUCCCUUGGUGGAGGAAGUUCUGCCUCCAGUCGGGGGGGCCGUCUCAAUCGAUCCUCUUCCAGUGUUCAGAGGGAUGGAACCCGCGGUGUAGCAGCUGGAAGCUCCCGGUCCGCGUCUGCCAUCGCAGCUCGGAAUGCCCCUGGUUUCACGAUAUUAUUCAAGGGAGUUGAACAACACCGAGUUGCCAAUCUCUUGAAUGUCAAUGGCCAGAUCGACCGCAUCAGCCCUCUCCGAAGCUGGGCGCCGACAGACUUCAGUGGCCAUGGCGAGCUCUACUACUUCACGCCCGACUACAAGGUGGCCGAGCGAUACGCCGCAUUCGCAAAACGGCGUGGCCAUAAUCUGGCGGUUUGCAUUGUCUCCAUAGCGAUUCCGAAUUCCGCCAUCGAGCAGAUGGAUUCUCCAGAGCUUCUACGCACCUUCUGGCCCAGCCCGGAAUGGAAGGAGCUCAUUUGGACUUGUCGGCGCGGUCAGAUCCAUCCGAGACAUCUCCGCAAGUACAAGCUGGCGACCAUUGUAAUUGGCACUAUAUCUUCCCGCCCGAACGCCUUGUAUGAAACCAUGCAAUCCCCCGCGGGGAUCACUUCCGACUUCGUUCUCAAGGUCGACGACAUGAACCCGAAUUCUGCACCUGCGACUCAAUUUGUUUUCAGCGCUGAAGAAGGCGAGGAGUUCUUCAGAGAGCAUGUGGGACGUAACAUUCGCGUUACCCCCUUCACCAGAUCCGAUCUUGAAGAAUGGGUGAAUGACUUUCGUCGAUCGCUGUCCUAG